GCUCCUCCUGCACCGCCACCACCAGUUCCGACGCAUCUGAAGAAUUCACCACUGAAAAUACUGAACGGUAGCCGAUGCUCAUCACCAACUUCGCUAUCAUCGAAUGGUUUUCAUCAUAAAGGAGCAGCGGCGGCGGCGACAUCCCACAUCUCGGCAUCAUCUGAUAGAUUUAAUGGCAGUGGUGAAGCGGCGGAGGAGUUCCGUACAUUGAAAUUAAAUGGUCAUGUUGGCUUUGAUUCGCUUCCACAUCAGCUAGUUCGAAAAUGCACCGAACGCGGAUUCCAAUUCAACUUAAUGUGUGUUGGCGAAACGGGCAUGGGUAAAACAACAUUAAUUGAAUCGCUGUUCAACAUGAAACUUGAAUUUCAUCCAUGUAAUAAUGAGCUGAAGACUGUCGAACUGCUUUCAAGGACAUACGAUGUAGUGGAAGGAGGAAUCCGACUGAAGCUGACGAUUGUCGAGACGGCUGGAUUCGGCGAUCAGCUUGACAAAGACAAAAGACAUUAA